AUGCCCAUCAUCAAUGGCGAACCAAACUUAUCAGACUCUUCUCUCUCUUCUGUCUUGCUUAGUCUCUCUGCCAUUUUCACUGUGAUCGAAGGAUCAGAGAAAAAGCUGUUUGUUUUUGGAGAUUCCUAUGUGGACACCGGCAAUUUCUUAAACUCUCCGUCAUUCAAGCCUCCCUACGGCGUCACUUUUCCCGGUACACCGGCCGGCAGGUUCUGUGAUGGUCGUGUUCUCUCUGAUUAUUUAGCUUCGUAUAUGAACAUAACAUCACCAGUGCCAUAUGAACAAAGGAAGUCUGUGAACCAAUCAGUGAUAGGAAAUGGGAUGAACUUUGGUCAUGGAGGGACUGGUGUGUUUCAGACAAUGGUGGAUGGACCAAACGUCACCACCCAAAUUGACUUGUUCCAACAGUUACUUCAACAAAAUGUGUUCACCAAACAAGACCUUCAAUCCUCCAUUGCUCUUGUCAAUGCCGCUUCCAAUGAUUAUGACACUUUCUUAGUCAAAAAUGGAUCCACCAAGGAUUUACCAGCCUUUGCUGAGUCACUUGUGAAUCAAAUUUCAGUGAAUCUGGAGAGAAUUCACAGUCUGGGAGUGAACAAAAUAGCAGUAGGGUUAGUGGCACCUUUGGGAUGUUUGCCACUUGAAUCAGUGACCUCUUCAUAUCAGAAUUGCAGUGAUGAAGCAAACACACUGGCAAAUUAUCACAACAAUCUACUUGUUCAGAAAGUCAAAGACCUGAACAAGAAUCAAUCAUCAGCUUCAGGACAACCAGUUUUCAUAACUCUAGAUCUCUAUAGUGCCUUCCUCAACACUAUUACUACCUUGCAGAAAAAACGUGCUGGAAAUCCAACGUUGAUGAAUCCAUUAGAGCCAUGUUGUGUGGGUUUGAAAGGAGGGGGGUGUGGGAUCGUGGAUAAGAAAGGAGAGAAGCAAUACAAAGUAUGUGAGAAAGCAGAGGAGUCAAUCUUCUGGGACAAUGUUCAUCCUUCUCAAAAUGGUUGGCUUGCUGUCUCCACGGCUCUGCAAUCUUCUUUCCGACAACUAUACCUCUGAUCAGCAAUAUUCAAUUAUAACUACCAUAUGCUUCACUUUUAGAAUUUUAGACUAAUGUAAUAUCUGCUUCUUGAAUAUCUCGAUACGGCACUUAUAUAAUAUAUUUCAGGAGAAGUAAUAAACAUAUUCAGACAUAUCUGAUACCAUGCACUUAAUUUAUUUCAAGUUACACUUCUCUCUUCCAGUCUUCAUUAAA